AUGGAUCUUCCUAGAGAUGUGAACGAUUACAUGAAACAAUCAAUUGACGAUUCACUGGGGAUUCCUGUAUCGUCGCAAACCCUAGAAGCCAAGCUUCGAGCAUCGCAAGAGUCACAAUGGCGCCUCCGCGAACAGCUUCAUUCCCUUUUCCCCAAAUUGAAGCAGAAAGAUCAACUCAUCGAGCGCCUCAAGUGUGAAGCGACUAUGAACGCACGAGCUGUGAAGAAGUUCGUUGAGGAGAAUCAGAGACUGGCGAUGGAGUGUGGGAAUUUGUUGGGGCAAUGUCAUCAUUUGGAAAAGGAAUGCGCCCUGUAUGAUCAGGACAGGGAAGCGUUGAUGGAAUUUGGGAACGAUGCUGAUGAACGGGCACGGCUGGCUCAAUCGCGCGUUCUUGAUUUGGAACGGGAUUUGCUCUUGAUGAAGAAUGAAUUAAAGACAUACAAGCAUCAGCAUGAAUUGAUCAAUUCUUCUUUGGCGUGCACACUUGGAGAAAAGAAUUUACUUGAUUCUUUUUUGGCAACUGUUACUAGUAAAGAUGAUGAUUCUACGUAUGCAUUUUUGGAAGUAAACAGUGAGAAUGAGUCGUGUAAAAAGUUGCUGAGCAUGUGGAACUGCAUAAGGCCAUCAACUCGGAGAGUUUUGUCACUAGUUGCUAAAGUCAAAUCACUUGAGAAAAAUAAGGAGCAUCUAAGAACUAACCUUCACAAAGCUGAGGAGGAGGUCAAAUUACUGUUUGAUGAAAAUAACAUAUUAGAUGAGGAGAACAAACGGCUAUUUAGGCAAUACAAGGAAAGGAACCAUCCUGAUUCUGGGGGAAAAUAUACCAACUGCUCAUCAGCCAAGUCAAACAAGAGAAAGUCUAGUCCCAGAACAAGUAGCUCAAUGGAGAGGAAGCUUGAUUUUGACGAUUUAGAUUCCGAGAGACAACCAUUAUCACCCUUACGAAAUAACUCCCGAGACUGUAGAAUGCAUAAGAAGUAA